AUGGGUGCCUUCAUGAACCAGAUGCUGGCCCACAUGUUCUCGCCGGACACCGACCUCACGGUAGAGUGGGCCCAGCAGGCCUUCUGCGAAGCGAGGCUUGCGCUCACCUACCAAUAUGAGUACCAGCAGCGCCAGGGCGCGCUCUCCGCGCUGGCGUGCGCCGCACCUGCGGCACCCCGACCGCUGCGGCUCUAUGCGCGGGGGAUGGCAGGCCCGAGGCUAUUCCUGCAAGCUACAGGUUGGCCCAUUCUCCUGGCAUCCUCCAUACUUCUGACUGCUGUGGUGAUGCUGACGCUGGCGCGGCGACCGCGGGAGGCGGAGCUCGGCUCGGAGCUCGAGAGGCUCUCUGAGCCCAUCGAGCGCCAAGGCCUUUGCGACUGA